UGAACUGGCGGUAGAUUUUGCGACUGUUAGUCAUCGCGAGACGCAGUGCUACCAGAACAUCGCCCGCGUUCUAAACGAAUUCGUCAAGUUCCUGUUGUUAGGGGGAGAUGCGCCGCCACUCAAGAAGAAGUAUUUCUGAUUUUCAAUGCACCUUGCUCUGGCAGUUUGCAGCAUGCGUCAUUCAUUUGACUAUGUAGUUUUUUAGUAAGCAAAGUGCAUAGAAGCCGCAACUACUAUCGAUGCGGCUUUCCUAUUGAUCGUUCUCCAUGAAACUUCGACCAAAUUAACAUUGACAGUUUUUCGGCGCUCAGUAUGGGAAUAGAUGUGCGAAGAAAGAGCAACACAGUUCGACAGAGAAUCUCGAAGGAACUAAAAUGUUUGGAUGCCUCAGUCGCGCUCCAGGAGGCGAUCUGGAUUCUUGGCGGCUGUCGGAAUAUGAGCCCAGUAUCCCGUACCGCGAUCGAUUUGAAUCCUGCUCCACAAGGCGUCCAGACAGCGGUAGACAUGCACACGCCCAGGCGGCUUUCGGAGGUACUAACUCCAGUCCCCAUGCAUGUUGUAGUAACCUACAGCUUGAAGAUUCAUCCGUGAGAAAAAAAGGUUCGAAUAUCUUAACCGAGAUAUUCUAGACACGACAACGACUCUCUCAUUAUACAUCAGAAAUUCGAAGGUGUGGAUUUAGCGAAUCGGCCAUCAAGCGAGAAAGUGGAUUGUAUGAAAUUGGUCCUAGUUUUAUGGCAGAAAUGCUUCGAGGAGAACACGGGAGUUGAGGAUUACUUUGUGAAAAACGACUGGCUAGAACUGGUCAAUAGCCUCAACGGGCUCGGACUUGGUGCAGCCGCUGUUUUGGGUGCUUUGAUGCGCAACAACAUAGAUUUGGUUCGUAACGUCCAGCCUCACGUUGUUUUGCAAUUUGUGGAGUUUUUGCAGAGACUGGG